GCCAGCAUCCAGCACAUCACAGUGACGUCCCUUUGCGGAUGCAGACGACAGAUGCCCUUACAGUCUCCACCGCAAGCUUCUUUCUGUUGUCUUCUUAUGUCAAAUAAAAACUAAGGGUUUUUUUUAAAGCCUGGAAGAGUCAGCAGCGAGAAUGCAGAAGAGCUCCGUGGUCGUGGUGGCGGACAAAACGAGCCUGAAAAGGCCGUUUAUUUUCGCUAACGCGGUACAUAUGGCUUUGUGUUUCUUCAUGUUGAGGAUGACUGUUAUUUGGCAUAGGGACCUCAUACAAACAGGCAAGAUGGUUCCCAGUAUUUCUGUAGCAAUGAUGUAUGUGAUUGAGGUCGGCUGCCUGCUGCUGUCUGUGCUCGGUGUGUUUGGGGCCUGCAAAGGGAAGAGAUGGUGUUUGAUUCUGUACGCAGCCGGGAUGGCGGCGGCCAGUCAAACAAUAAUUAUCAGAACGGCACUGAGUUACCAAGAUGUUUAUGAGAAACGUGUUGUCCGCGAGGAGUCCAAGCUGCUGGCCAUGAUGCCGCUCACUGCGCCGAACAAAGCCAACAGGACGUUGCUACAUAAUAUCCAAGAGGAAUUGGAAUGCUGCGGUCUCAUUGACGGGUACAAGGACUGGGGUGCGUCCAUCCCCGCCUCCUGUAACUGUCACUAUCCAGGAAAAUGUAUUCGACUACGGGGCAGCGCCACCAUCGGAGCGCCGAAGAACCAGUAUGUUUAUCGAGAGCCUUGCCUACCGAUUUAUCUCUCUGAACUGAAGUUGGCCUUCUCCUUGGUGAUGGCUAUACAGUUUGGGAGCGGAGUGUUCUGGAUCAUCUUACUCGCCAUGAGCAUCAAACUGAUGGGACAAAUCAAGAGGAAACAGGAGUUUAUAGCUCUCCUCCAGUCCAACAGAUACGUUCCCGGUGCUUUCUAGCGCAGCAGCACGGUUGAAAACACACACUUAUUAACUCCGAGAAGCAUACAUGGUUUGAAUUGGCACAUGGAGCUGCAUACCAUAACCAGGCUAUAAUGUGCUGUAGCAAUAUAUGUUAUGAUUUUAUACAUGUUACUGCAUGUAACUGAUGUUUGAAAGUGAUCUACAUGGUUAGAUUAACAUUAUUAUAUUACUGUUUGAAGCCUUACUGCUGUAAAACAAAGCAAUUUUACUUGUAUUCACAUGAUAUUCACACUUUUACAUGCUUCCAUCAUAUAGAAGAUUGUGCUUUCAAAGGAUAUUUUGUCCAGUAAGUUGUUUUUCUGGUGCUUUUUUUCCCCCAUAGGACAUGUAAAGAUGUCCCUUAAUAUUCUUUUUAAGUUCAAUAUGCACAUAACUACCUUUUUUUUACAUCAUGUGUUCAAAAAUGGUUUAAAAUUUAGAUAUUCUAUUGACUAUUUUCUAAUCUUCUGUAUUCCAACCUUCAGAACCACAGUAGGCACUGCUUGUUAUAAAACCUGGGAUCCAAAACUUUAAAAUUAUGACUGUGGCUUUCUGCGGUCUCCUGACUUAAAAUUAUGUUUGGUGAAGAAAAAAUGUAUUUUAAAUGUACUUAGCUGCUUGAAAACCCUUUGGAAAUCCUGUAAUUUAUCGAUUCUUAAAAUCUAUUGGUCAAAAACAUGAUCAUAAAUGCUCUGAAAGGAAAACCUUUCUUCAAAGCCGUUAUGCGUUAGGUAGGUAUGCCAAACAGGAAGUGAGGUUAAGGUGUUAAUCAAGCACAAAUAUGCCCCGUAUUAUUUGCUUCAUGUGACUCUGAAGAAAGCCACAACUUGGUUUAAGUGCAAUUUCUUAAAAACAUGUUUUUAGUCAAUAUGUAGAUCCUAAGCAUUCUGAAAAAAUGUGGAAAAGUUUGGCAGAAUUUUCCUGGUUAAAGUAUUGAAUUAGAAACCAGAACGGAAAUGCCAUCCAUCUAUCUGCUCAUCCAUUAUCUAAUUACAAAUCUGUUUGCGUUGUUGCCUUCUUCUUCUCUUCCUUAUGAUCCAAUUUUUUGCAGGUUAGGUUUUUAGGAUAUGCCUGACCCCUGUUAAAAAUAUUUUUUAUUAUUCAGUGAACUGAGCUAAAAAGGAAGGACAUUUGGCCUGGAAAAGUAUAGAGUUUUUCUGUUAAAAAUGCAUAGGAACCAUAUACCUCCUAUAUAAUAUACUAUCUCAAUCCACUUGAUUAAAAGGCUAUUGCAACAUUGAAAAUGCUGCAGUAUUUUUUUUUUUCUCCACAGAAAGGUUCUUAGUGAGCUUAAGAACUUUUGCGUCUGCUGACAUUUGCAUACCUCCAUCCCCUUUGUCAUUUUCGUACAAGACUGUAGAGGGCACUGCAGAAACAUUAGAACAAAAAAAAUAUGCUUUACUGAAAAUGGCGGAUUUCCCUUUCUAAAAUUUAAAUUGCAGCAAAAUUCUAGUUUAAUUAUUCAUCUACAUUGUCAGAAUUUGUCAACAGAAAUCUUAUCUGUCAAUUAGUUGUUUAGGCUUUCAAAAAACAAAACGCCUACUGAAAUGCGUUUAAUCAAUAUUAAUGGAGCAGCAUUAAAAUCAAAUAUAUAUAUUCAUUCAGUGCAAACCUGAAAAUAUUAGGAACUUCGGUCAUCUUCAGUCUAUAAAGAACUACCUCUAUCAAAGAACCAGGAAAAGAUUUGCUUAUGGGUUGGGGGAAAGAAAAUCCCUAAUGUGAAUCAGCAAGCCUGAUUUUAGAUUAAAAAAUAAAUAAAUAAAUAAUCAGUAUUGAGCAGAAAAAGCAAGAUUGGUGCAUCUUAAGCAGUUUUCAACAACCUUACUGUAUACCAAAAAUUGUGUUCUUGUAUUAUAUGCAAUUUUUUUUUGUUAAAUUUUGUUUUAUAGAAGUUAGAUGAACAUUACAUAAAACUUCCACAUGCACACACAAUGCACUUUGUCUUUUCUUUCUCCAUUUGUUUCACUGUUUGUGGAUUAAAAAUAGACUAACUUGACAUGCCAUCUGCAUUACAAAGAGUUAUAUUAAAGAUGAUUUUUUUUGUCCCUUAAGCAAACAUGCAACUGAACAAUAAUUGUUGGAAAUUAUUUAUAAUUAUAAUAUUUAUAAGCGUCUUUCAGCACCUUUUUUUUAAACAGUGUUUACAAAUGCUUCUAUUGAAUACAAUCAAGUACUUCUUGCAUAUAUAAUCAGGUUAGACCAAUAGAAUGAGGCACAUUUCUCAUUGAAUGUCUUGACCUCUUGUUAUGCACAUUGUAUGUAACUGAAAUGUUGUAGUUGCAGUUUUUUUUUUUGUUGUUGUUGAAAAAGCACAUUUAAUGGGUGAAUGAUGUUUGAUCAGAUUGACAUGAUUGAAGAGAUGUCUUGGUUUUUGUUGCACAUAGAUUAGAAAUGCAGUCUUGUGAUUUGAAAAAAAACAAAAAAACUUGCUGAACUGCACAGAGGUCUGGAGAGAUACUUGUCGGGGAAAUGAGUCAUCAGCUUUCUAGCAGAAAUUCCACUGAAAACUUUUGAACCACUCACCACUACAGAUAUUGAUUUUUCUGCAUGAGCUACUUGCAGUAAGAGACUCCUUGGUUAAACAUUUUGAAAUGAAAUUCAUCUACCUGUACACUUAAACCAUAAAUGCCUGAUAUGAAGUACUUUGUUUAAAGUUAUGCCAAUUUUAUUUAUGCAGUCACUGUUUUUUGUGUAAUUAUUAUUAUUAUUAUUACUUACAACAUGAACCUUAAAUAAUGUUCUGUAAAUACUAGGAAUUAAAAUGUGAUUUUUGAUUUUCGCUUAAA